ACAAUAUGAAGAGAAGAUCCUACUUCUUCUCACCAUUUGAUAGGAGUACCAGUGCUGGAGAUAAGAUCGAAGCCCAGAGAAAGCAAAACAAAAUGAGAGGCAUAGCUGGGAAAGGAGAGGGUGUUAAGAGGUCGACAGCGAAUAAAAGGAAGGUUGCAAAGGUAAGCCUGAAGAAGUUGGGUUUUGAUCAACUAGAUUUCUCUGAUGAAAUAAGACCCCUGAUAUCAUGGCAAGAGGGUACUGACAAGGAUUUCAAGUUAAGAAUAACGAAAAAAUUGUUUCAAACUGAUAUGAGCGACUACCAUGAUCGUUUAUCAAUGCCUAUGAAUCAGAUAAAGGAUCUUGAAGGGUUUCUGAAUGAUGAGGAGAACAAGGAAUUGGCCAAACCCAAAUCAGAAACCCAGGGCAUUGAGGUGAAGCUGUUUGAUUUGUCAAGCGUCAGCCAUAGUACUACUCUUGGCCAUGAUGAUCAAAACGUCAAUAGUAUUAGGAUUGAAACAAUGCGUUUGAGGAAGUGGAACAUGAACACCAGCAGCUGCUACGUAUUAAAUACAAGCUGGAAUAGUGUACUGAAUAAGGGAGUGCUAAAGGAAAAUGACUUUGUGCAGAUUUAUUCCUUUAGGCGCAAUGAGAACCUAUGUUUUGUGCUGAUUAAGGUCAGUGAUGGACAAGGUUGCAGAGAUGGUGCAUUUGGAAACAGAAGCAACGCUAAUGAAGGGGAUUGUGCUAGCGUGAUCAGUAUUCAAGGAAAGAACGAAGAUGGGGCUAGCUAGUACAAGUACUCAUGAUCGCACAUAGAUGUCAUCGUCUAUAGAGAGGACAAAACUGCUAGCAUCGAUAAUUUUAGUACUUGAAAAGUUAGUUAGGUUGAGCAUUAUGACUUUAAGUCUCUUUUGAUGUAUUGGGAUUAAGUAUUUAGCUUUCAGUUUUGUUUUCCUGUCUCUCUUGUUACGUGUUUCUGAUUGUUUAUUCAAGAAUUUAGAUGACUUUUCAAGUAACUGUGAUCUGUGCUUCUUAAUUUAUGCGUGUAAUGUUACUGUGGAAUGUUGAAUUAUGAUUUCUGCAUAA